AUGGCCGCGGAUUCACCUGACAACAUCACUCAUCCACCAGCGAAGAGACCAGUGCGCACAUUCGACCUUGUGUCGAGCCGUUCGCAAUCACCGCCGAAGCGCUCCAAACAGGAACAUCCACAUCCGUCAGCAAAAGCGCGAGCAGUGUCACCGCCUCCUGGAAAGAAUGAGAGCCGGCCUACCACGAACAAGUUCACCUCAGUCCCGCAGAUCGCUGGCUACCCCUCCAGCAAGGCGCCGGCAACGAGCUCAAACUACAACACCAAAAAUGCGGAUCCUGUCUCUCCAAUCGAUGCAGAGGCUGUUCAAGGGCUCAACACGCGCAUCACGGCGAAGAAAGGGGCAACGGUGACGGAUAUCAACGCGCAGCUGCACGGUCUACAACGAAGGUGUCGCGAAAAGGACCAUAUCAUCCAUGCCUUGCACGACAAUAGACGCCGCGACGAAGAGAGGCAUGAGAGCGACAGGGAAAAGCUUGUGGCGCAAUUCCAGCAAGAGAAGCAAGAUAUGGUGCUGGACUUCUUGAUAUACAAAGACAAGUGCAACCAGCGGCAGGAGACGUUCUUCAAGCGUCACAUGAAGACGCAGGGUCUGCUGGCUGCGAAGGAGACUGCGUCCAAGCAGAGUGAAUGGGACGCUGAGCAGUCCAAGGUGGCCCUGAGCACGUCUUCAGCGAAGGUCGUGCAGCUGGAGGCGAAGUGCACCCGUCUGACGAAAGAGAAGGAGCGAUACAAAUCUGAAGCUGACAGCUACAUUGAUCUGAACGCCACUCUCGAGGCUGAUUUGGACUCCCUUCGCGCUCUCGACAACGAAGAGGCGGCACGACGCGACAAGUACCACGGUCUGCCACCGAACUACGACGAUGUGAUGGCGGGGACUGCGCAGCCACCAUGGAAAAUGGCGAAAGACGGAGGCUUGUACGACAUUGCUCUCCUGAAGAGUUCGGUUCGCAAAAAGUUCGACGCUGAAAUCAGACUCGCAUAUGACGACUGCGAACGGAUGCGCGCCCUGGGCGGCCAACCCCUCGAAAACUCGAACAAACAGCUCUUCUGCGCCGCCUCGGAGGCUCUGAGAAAAGCUGCUGUCCGCCUGCGCACUGCACUGAUGUACUCCGCUAAGUCGAUGAGGACCGUCGACUCCAUGUUCAAACUCGAGCAGCCCGAGGGCAGCACUUCUCAGCGGAAGGGCGUGCCCGCCUACGUCGCCCGCAGCGGUCUGAAGUUCGCAUCCCAGUCCUCGUGUGCCUCACGAGUAGCGAAGCUACUGCUCGACUUCACCUGGCGCGUCAUCAGCGCCACCGAACUGCGACCUGGCGGUUCGGUGGUGCUCUCGGACAAAGAGCAGACCACGCUGGGACUCGGUAUGCGUGAGGUAGACGACGUGUUACUCGAGGCCAUAAGAACCACCUUAUCAGUCGACCGAUCCGACGGAGCGCCGGUGCACCGGGCGUACGAGUUCCAGAACUGGCUGCUGCAGGUGUCGGCGGUCAAAGAGGAGAUGGAGACGGAGGAGUGGCAGCUGCAUUACAAGGUGUUCAAUAAGACGGAGACGUGGCUUAAUGAGCAAGUGGAGCAGGAGCGUGAGGGGGCUGCUAACCGCUGA